UCUACAUGUUUGCCAACAGUACUGGUUUAACCAUCAUUCUUGGGAUUCCAAGAAUCGCCUCCACAGUACGACGGUUCUAGUUGCCCUUCCAAAGGCUUCCUGCCGUCUAGGCUCCGGCUUGAAAAUGCGAGCUGCCGCGAAGGCAGUCGCUCAAACAGGUCCAAGUUGAUAGACGACCGUUAACAGGGAUCCAAGGCAAUCUCCCAAGAAGACAAGAUGACUGUCCAGUCGACCUUGCGACGUUCUGAGGAUCCCCUCUUUAUCCUGUGUUCCUACUAUGCGACCUUGCUACGUUCUCGAAUCAAGCGGACACCCCGAUGGGCCAAAUUGGCCGCGACCCUUUCUCUUCUUAUCUCGAUCAUAGGUAGCGGAUAUGGCGGCUACAAAUGGUUUCGGGAGAGGGCAAGAGAGCGAGCUAGGGGUAGACGAUUACUGCGUCGAAACUCCGGUAUUCGAGGGAAAGGCGGCUCCCGCAUCAUCUAUGUGCCGUCUGGGGAUUCGGCGACUUCGAAGAUCACGAUAUUUCCAACGAAACCUACCACAUUCGAUGCUCAUCGAAGGCUGUUUCUGAAUCCUCCCUCGUCUACUCGUCUCGGAGACGGGCAUUCCUUCAGCUCGGUUCCCCCGGCUCAUACGAAACCUGGCUUGAACCUGGCGUUUCUCCAUCAGUUCCUCAGCCUUCUCAGUAUUAUGGUUCCUAGGUGGGAUAGUAGGGAAGCGGGGUUGUUGAUGGGACACGGCAUUUUUCUUAUGCUGCGAACAUACCUGUCUCUGCUCGUCGCACGAUUGGAUGGGGAGAUUGUACGGAAUCUCGUCGCGGGCAAUGGACGUGCUUUCAUCUGGGGCAUCUUCAAAUGGUGUGGUAUUGGUACGCUUGCUUCAUAUACUAAUGCUAUGAUUAAAUUCCUACAGUCGAAGGUAUCGAUUGCCUUUCGCACUCGGCUUACAAGGUACAUACACGACUUGUACCUCACGGAUAAUCAUAACUACUACCAGUUGAUGAAUUUGGAUGGUGGCAUAGGUCAAGGUGCAGACCAAUUCAUCACGCAAGAUCUGACGCUUUUCUGCUCUGCAGCGGCAGCGUUGUAUUCCUCGAUCGGCAAGCCUCUGGUGGAUCUCUUUGUAUUCAAUUACCAACUUCAACGUUCUCUCGGACCUCUGGCGCUGGGCGGCAUCCUUACAGGUUACUUCAGUACUGCAGCUGUCUUACGCAAACUGUCGCCGCCGUUUGGAAAACUCAAGGCUGUCGAGGGCAAGAAGGAAGGUGACUUCAGAGGCCUCCACUCCAGACUGCUCUCCAAUGCGGAAGAGAUUGCGUUCUAUGGGGGCGCGGAUGUGGAGAGGGUCUUUCUUGUGAAGACCUUCAGGGACCUUCAGCGCUGGAUGGAGGGUAUAUACAGUCUCAAAAUCCGGUAUAAUAUGCUCGAAGACAUUAUUUUGAAGUAUUCUUGGUCUGCAUUUGGCUAUCUUAUUACAUCGCUGCCGGUGUUCCUUCCUGCCUGGGGAGGACUGGGUGGCCUCAUGGAGCUGGCGCACCCAAACGAGGUGGCAGUUCGGGAACGGGGUCGCAUGCAAGAAUUCAUUACCAACAAACGUCUGAUGCUUUCGCUGGCUGAUGCCGGUGGCCGGAUGAUGUACAGCAUCAAGGAUAUUGCAGAAUUGGCAGGCUACACCUCUCGGGUGUAUACACUCAUUUCUACCCUCCACCGGGUACACGCCAAUGCCUAUUAUCCCCCUCGUGGAAGCCUCCCGGAACCGUACUCGCUAUCGGAUGUCCAAGGUACCAUUCACAAGGGCUUCCACGGAGUUCGCCUGGAGCAAGUUCCAAUUGUGGCCCCCUCGCUUUAUCCCCGUGGAGGUGAUGAGCUCAUCGAGUCUUUAUCAUUUAUAGUGCGCUCUGGUGAACAUCUCCUCAUCUCUGGACCCAAUGGUGUCGGAAAGUCGGCCAUUCCUCGCAUCGUUGCAGGGCUGUGGCCGGUAUAUCGCGGGUUAGUCAGCAGACCUCGUAACGUCGGCUUUGACGGUAUCAUGUUUCUCCCACAGCGACCCUACCUUAGCGUUGGAACACUCCGCGACCAAGUUAUCUAUCCACAUACCGAGUUGGAUAUGCGUGAAAUCAACCAAACGGAUAGCAGGUUGCAGGAGAUCCUGCAAGAGGUCCAUCUUGGUUACCUCCCUGCUCGUGAGGGCGGCUGGGACUCUCGCAAGGAAUGGAAAGACGUUCUCAGCGGCGGUGAAAAGCAACGGAUAGCCAUGGCCAGAUUGUUUUACCAUGAGCCUCGGUAUGCUUUCAUCGACGAGGGUACAUCUGCGGUAUCUUCGGACGUCGAAGGGCUCUUGUAUGAACGUGCGAAGGAAAAGGGAAUCACGUUAAUCACUAUUUCAACACGUGCAUCUUUGAAAAAGUACCACACGUACAACCUUACACUUGGCCUUGAGUCUGAAACCGAGCAGUGGCAACUUGAGAGAAUAGGCACAGAAAAGGAGAAACUUGGUGUCGAGAAAGAGCUGCAGGAACUUCGUAAGCGCCUUGCUCAGGUGGAAGAAUGGAAAAGACGACGAGAGGAAAUCGACAACGAGCUGAACAAGGUCUGGACUGCUGAUGGAGAGCUUGAUCCGCCGCCACCCUAUCAGGAUGAGUAUGAAACGGCAGAAGAGCAGACUGCGGAGGAGUCUGAUAACUGAGGGAGUCAACAGAUUUUCAUGGGAUAUUCUGUAAUGGCGUUCAACAACAUUGGGACAUGUAUACAGUACUGGAAUCUACAAUGCACACGAGUGAUGUUUCACCAUUCAAGAAUCUACGCCAAAUAUAUGUUGCUUUUG